CGCGCUAGGACCCGGAGAAUCAUUCUAUUGCUCGGUAGAGGGUCUGGCUGCCGGAACGUAGACAACAAAAGCAGACUUGAAUUGUCUCUCUCUCUCUCUCUCUGCCUGCCUGCCUGCCUGCAUCCAUCCACACCCCACCUACCAUACACAGUUUCUGGUCUGUUGGUCUACCACUCUGUCCAGUUGACUGAAGCAUGUUCCAAGACAAGGAGCUGGAUUUUGGCCACUUUGACGAGCGGGACAAGUCUCGCUACUCCAAGGGCACCAGGAUGAACGGCCUGCCCAGCCCCACCCACAGCGCCCACUGCAGCUUCUACCGCACGCGCACCUUGCAGGCCCUCACCACCGAGAAGAAAGCCAAGAAGGUCCGCUUCUACCGCAACGGCGAUCGCUACUUCAAGGGCAUCGUCUACGCCAUCUCCGGUGACCGCUUCCGCUCCUUCGAGGCCCUGCUCGCCGACCUGACCCGGACCCUGUCCGAUAACGUCAACCUUCCCCAGGGAGUCCGCCUAAUCUUCAACAUUGAUGGACUUGGGAAGGUCAGCAGCCUUGAUGAACUAGAGGAAGGAGAGAGCUACGUUUGCUCCUCGCAUGACAUCUUCAAGAAGGUGGACUACACCAAGAACGUGAAUCCCAACUGGUCGGUCAACGUCAAGACCUCUGGAACCCAGAAGGUGCCCCAGUCACUUGCCAGCGCCAAGAACAUGACCGAGGUUAAGGAGACCAAGGACUUUGUCCGCCCCAAGCUGGUGACUGUCAUCCGCAGCGGCGUCAAGCCACGCAAGGCCGUCAGGGUCCUGCUCAACAAGAAGACCGCGCACUCCUUCGAGCAGGUCCUGACCGACAUCACCGAGGCCAUCAAGCUCGAGACGGGGAUCGUGAAGAAACUCUACACCUUGGACGGCAAACAGGUGGCUUGUCUGCAGGACUUCUUUGGAGAUGAUGAUGUCUUCAUAGCUUGCGGGCCAGAAAAGUUUCGCUAUGCCCAAGACGACUUCUCACUGGAUGAAAAUGAGGUACAGAGAAGUCGGACGCUGGCAGGUUUUGAUGUUGAAUGCCGUGUGGCGAAGACAACCGCGGGUGGUAAACCAGUCAACGCCACUCAGAGAUCAGCGGGCAAGAGCUCUGGAGCUUCACGUCGCAGUAAGUCUCCUGCUGACUCUGCUAAUGGGACUUCCAGCAGCCAGCUCUCCACCCCAAAGUCAAACAAGUCCCCAGUCUCCACACCCAUUUCUACACCCACCAGCCCAGGUUGCCUUCGCAAGCACAAGGACCUGUAUCUGCCACUUUCUCUGGAUGACUCGGACUCUCUGGGUGAGUCGAUGUAAGCCAUCCGAGCAAGCGCGAGCGAGCGGUCGGGCCAGGAAGUAAAGUCCGGAAAUCGCCGUGGGAAGUUGUAAGACUUGGGAAUGAAAAUCUGCCCGGGUGCAGAAACAUUACUAUUUGUGCGAAAAUCGCCAAGCGACACCGUUAAAAAAAAAAAAUCCAUAACAAAAAAAAAUCACCAAAAAGUUGCCCUUUUUUUUUUUUUUUUUUUUAAGAACGUUUCACCAUCCCGUAAGAAAUCCAGUAUCUUAGAAUAUCACUGCCUUUUUCUAAACAUCAGAUAUAAUGCACUGUGAGAAUAUUUCAUAACGCAAGCAGGUCUCUUGUACAUUACAUGUCUGGGCAACUUGUGGUCAUUUGAUUUUCCAAUGUGGUCGUUGCCCUGUGAUGUUUCCCCUCCCCUUCCCUUCCCCCCCCAUCCCACUUUGAUAUUGACGUGCUGUCGUUAGACGCGUUCAGUUAUCGGGAAAACAAAAACCUCUGCCAGUAUUUUCUUUGCACGAGGAAAAAAAUGUGCUCUGCUGCGCAGAAAUGUUUCCACGUCCAAUUUGUUUUGAAAAAGGAAAGAGGAAAAAAAAAUGCCCCCCCCCCCGAAAAAAAAAUCCAUUAA